GAAUGAGGAAAAAAAGGUAGAAGCAGAGGAAGUAAUUCCUAAAAAAGAAGAGAGGAGUGAGCCCAGCCUGGUCUGUCACCCUCGGCGCAGCUGGAGCUAUCUCCCUCCGGAGAACCUGGAGAGCUGCCUCGAGUCCCAUGUCAGAAAGGUUUUUGGACCCUCGCUCUCUGGUAACUGGCAGCAGACACCCCUCAAGGAGAACAGAUUAAAAUACUUCCUCCUGGCUCAGCUGGCCACAGAACUGGGUCAUGCUGUCCCCAACUCACAGCUGCACCUGAUGUGCUGUGCCAAGGAUGUGUUGGAAUUCUAUCGCACUCCCGUGAAGGACAUGACCAAGUUGGAUGAAUUGCGUGCAGUAGAGCUGCCCCCCAACCUGAAGAUUACCUGGGAGCACUGA